UGUGUGGAACUAUCAACUGGACUCAAGAUUGGCUCACGUUUUUAAACGCUAUGAUUGAAGUAAAUAUACUCGCAAAUGUUGGAGAAAUGGAUCAUGGAGCUGAACCAAUUUCAUUUAGAACUAUCUGUCUUAUGCCAGAUAAACUAGAAAGGAAGCAUAAUGGUGCGAGGAUCAAAUUUUCAAUCGAGCCCAUGAUGCAUCACUUUGGCUGUGAGGGUGUUAUCAUUGAUGGACUGAAAUUGAAGCAGAAGCAAAAACCAACUCCUCAUAUUGAAAGUUUGGAAUUCGUGCCGUUCGGAAAAACUUCCUUUGAUACACAACUUGCAUUCAUCCAAGCCUGCAUGCGCGUUAUCAUUGAAAGUUCAAUUCUGACCCCAAAUGCCAAGGAGAAGCCUUCAAAAAUGAAGUUAUGCAUUGUGCGGGAGGACACAAUCAGAAGAAUGGAGGGUCUGGUGGAAAACGCAAUCGGCUCACUCAGUGAAGAUGCUAACGUUGAAGUCAAGGUCUUUAGCCCAACCGAUCAAACUGAUUUCUCCUCAGAUGCCUCCCCAUACAUUUCAUCAAACUUAGAGCAAAUUUUGAAUCUGUCUCGUUCCGGUAAAAUCAAACAUUUUUAUCUCCUUUAUGAGGCGCCGAAUGAAUGCAAAAAUCAAAAUAAAAUAAUGUAUGACGGACCAAACAGGGAUAAAUUUAUGGUUUUGUACGAGCAAGAAUUUGACAAAAAGAAGCUAUCAUUCUUCAAAGAGUUGAAUGAUGAGCUAGAACCGCUAAUCUACCAUAUUGAUAAUAAUAACAACUGGCGAUCCUGUGUCGAAGAUCUAAACUCAAACAAAACACUACAAGAUAAACGAGUUCAUCUUGUCUUUUGGGGGCUUAUUGAAGAGGAUCUUCAUCUUGUUACGCGUGAAGUACUACGGAUUUGUUCCAUUUUUCACCCUCGAUGUUUCUUCGUUCACGACGACGUAGCGACCGUUAAUUCUGAAUACGACCGAAUUUGGAAGGAGCAAAUGAAAAGGGAUAUGAAUCUGAAUGUUUUCCAGAAUGGAAAAUGGGGCACGUGGUUGAGAAAUACGGUGCCCAAAACGGAUUUUAUUCACCAAUUAUCCGAAAAAGCACGAAAUGCUGGUGCAUCCAGCCAAAUUGAUAUGAAGUAUUUAAGUUUGGAUGAAAUAUACUUAAAAAACCUUGAGGAUCAAGCCAUGAUACUGGGCUACUCUGGGAUCGCAGCCUCGGGUGAGGAUAAGAUGGGACUAGCCCACAGGAAUGAGGAUGUAGAUGAAAUUAUUUUAGAUCCGAUUUUACAGUGGACAGUGCCCAAACACAUAAGUUUGAAAGAUGCUGCUUCGAUACCUUUGGCUUAUCUCAUGGCCAAUCUAAUCAUCCGGGAUGAAUUUUGUAGACAAUUGGGGAGAAAACGCGUUCUGGUUCAUAAUGGUAAUACCCCUACUGGCAUUGCUUGUAUCGCUGUUGCUUUAAUUGAAGGUCACACCGUCUACACCACCGUCCCAGAUGACGUCAGAAGAGAAUACGUGAGACGCAUUUUCCCGCAGGUUCAUAUUCUUGACGCUUCGUGCCUGACUCAAGCUGAGUUCUUGGUGCCAUUCAUGCUCACAACAGAUGGACAGGGUUUCGAAAUCAUAAUCAGUGACCUGCCAGAAGAGCAGUUCCUUGCGUCGUGGAAUUUUGUGGCCAGAGGUGGUUUUUUGGUCAACCUCAACGAAAGCUUGCCUGCGCGGUCCGUGCCUUUGCCGAUGAAUGGGUUUUUGAAGAACGUGAGUGUUUUCAGCCUUUCGAAGAGAAGCAUAUCUUUACUGCCUCCGCAUCGGAAACAACGUUUGCAUGGGCUUGUUGAUGAGUUUUUGCGGUCUGGGAAGGUGAUCAUGAUACCGCAUCGGCCUUUGUCUGAAGAUAUGGCUCUCAGUCAAAGCUUUUCUGGUGAAAUGGAACUGAAAUCAAGCAACAAACUACUCCUUAAAAUACUUGAUUUUGAAGCUAAGCACAAUGGGAUCUUGUCCAACGUAACCAAGAGGUCAAAAAUUUCUGCACCCUGCAAAUCAGAUGGAUGUUACAUCAUUCUCGGUGCCAACGAUAAGAGACUAUCUACUGUGAUCAAGUGGCUACUUAAACAUGGUGCAAAAAAUAUUUUACUCGCAAGUAGUCAAAAUAGGAAUGGUUUACUCCGUCAAGUCAGUGACUGGGCUGUCAAUCGAGGUGCCACACUUUUGUUCAGUGGUUUCACAGACCCUUCCCUCAAAGGAGCUCAAGAGAUUCUACAAAAGGCGUCAAAAUUGGGAAAACUGUCAGCGGUGUUUAGUGUCGCAUCUGCUCAAAAUAACGAAGCAGUGCACAACAUCAAUCAAAUUAUGCUGGAGAGAAACAUUUCUGCGCCAGUGAUCAGCGUACGAGAUAAAAACGAUCAAUUUCUCCCGAACAUCAUCAAUGUUGUUUGUGAUGGAAAUGUCAAUUUUUCGGACGUUUUAAGACACGCUCUAGCCACACGAUGUAAUUCAACCGUGUACCAUGUUACAGAAAAAUCGAACACAAUUUUGCAACAGAAUAAUUCACAAACAUCAGUCACCAAAACUCACUCGGAUAAGUUUACGGACUACCUGCCAUGUUCAUUAAAUGAAUUGAACAACAUUGGAAAAUUAUUGAGUGCAAAAGACUAUGAAAGUGAGAGUGGCGUUUACGGGAAAUUUUUCCCUACGGCGUCCCUCGCCCCUCAAAAGCAACUGCAUAGAGAUGUCCGGCCAAUUUUCAUCAUACCAGCCUUCUGCGAGACCCAGUUGCGGCCAUUGAUGGCCAAGCUCAUGUAUCGAUGUUUCGUCGCUCACGUUUGCUUGAAUGUGCCGUCUUUAAAUCAAUUAGCUUCACAUCUGUUAAAGUCAAUGAUGCAAAUCCAGAAGAGAGGCCCUUACACGAUCGUCGCCGAGACUUGGAGUGGCGGUGUGGCAACAACGCUCUCCACGUUGAUCUCAGAUGCUGGUCAUGAGGUAUCUUUGUUCUUAAUUCAAGGAGUUCCUCAAAAAAUGACUUCUUUACUACCCUCACAAGAUCUACUGGGUGGAUGUCUGGUUCAACACUUAUUCCAGGAAAUCAAGGCUAACGAGGAGCUAAAAAGUCUAGAUAGCGCUUUGGAAAUGCUGUCAAAUAGUGUCCAUAAAUUGUACGCCCAGAGAGCGUUUCACGCCAUUCUUCAAACCAUGGUCCUUCUACAGAGUUUCAAUUGCGCAACUUUGCACAGAGAUACUUUAACUCUGAUAGAAUUAGGGUGCACGUGUGAGCUGAAAAUGAGUGAACUCAAGAAAAUGAGUGAAAAAACUGUUCGGCUCGUCAAGUCUGACUCUAAGACAUACAAAGAUAUGCUGAAAGACCCUCUAAUAUCAAAUACAAUAAACGAUGAGGCACUCUUCUCUUGGCACACUUACUAGAUCAUCAAUGAUGAAAGUACUUAGAUGAAUUAUUAACCGAUGCGUUUUCUACAGUGUGCGAGUACUAGAUUUUGAUUUUUUAAUUGAAUUAUUAGAUGACGAUGGUGAAACUACCAGACCACGUAUCUCGGUUUGCGACGUUGCAAGCUUUCGAUCUCAUGUUACUUUUUAAUUAGAAAACUACUCAACGUCAAUUUUUUGAAAACCUCCGUGAUUUUUCUUCUCUAUGCGAAGAAAACUCCGAGGAAACUUCAAGGAAUGAUAUUGGUUUGUUUUACUUAAGAAAAUGAAAUGAAAGCGGGGUUUUUUAACCACCACCAACGAUGUACGUAAUCAGGUAGUUUCACCGUCGAUAAGCCAAUUUAUCAUUUAGCCGACAGAAAAGUGGACCUCAGUCCUUACUAACUAAAAAACACACAAGAAAAUGGGCAACCAACGUUACAAAAGGAA